ACUGCCCGGCUCUCCCCCUCUCCCUCUUGGCGAGCACCCAGCAGCCUCCUGGGACAGGCUGGGAGUGGGGCUGAGAGCUUUUUGGCAAAUCACAGGGUUGUUGAAAAGUGCAUUUCCAAAGCUGGAUUUAUAGUGUUGGCUUGGCCUCGCCGCCUGGCUUUGGCCAGAGAACAAAACAUCAUAGCCAAUCUGCACUGCAAACUACACCUCGUGUCCCCUAUCUGCACCCCUAAACACAGGGCUGCAGCUUUGAGGUCCUCAAGCCUGGGAAGGUGGGGUGCAUCCUGUGCACCCCCUGCCCAUGUGCAGCUGCUGGGCAUGUUGGUGCUGAGCUGAGUGCCAGCACGUGGUGCAGCUGAGGAAGUUCAUGCGUCCUCCAGGCACAUCUGCUGUUGGUGCAUGUGCAAGCACUCUGAGCUCUCUCUGCUCCAGGGGUUCCGCCUGUCUCUCACAGCUAGGGCUUGGGGAGCACUGGACCAUGGCAGGGCCUUUGCCCUGUGCUGCUGGGCAGGAAUUUGUCCCACUGAGCUAAGCUCUGGGGCCAGAGCCAAGCCCAAUCCUAGGCUGUCUGUUUCCCAGCUGCUAUGGAGGGGCUGCAGUCCCCUUCACUGCAGUACUCAGUGGCCACCCACCCAGCCAGUUGCUGUGGAUCCGUGCACACUCCCUGGGCUGCAGGCAUCAGGCAGAAUCUGACGUGGGACUGUGCCCACCCUCCCCAUUCAUUACACAUCUACCAAGCAAAGCUUGGCUGAGUUUCAGCUGCAGGCACCGUCUCCUGCCCAGACUUCCCACAAGCCCUGAGAUGCAUUGUCCAGCCCCUGUGCCAAGGUGUCCCCUGCCCUGGGCCCCUGUCCCUACCCCGUGCUUGGAAAUCCAGUGAGAGGCACGGCUGUGAAAGCAAAGUCCAGGAGCUACCAGCACAGCACAGAAAUGUUGGCCAGGCUCCGUGCAGGCCUGGGUGCAGGCUGUGCUGUCCAUGGACAAUGGGGACAACGCCUGGCUCAUAGCAGGACCAGAGAAAAGCUGCAGAGAGAAUAUGAUGCGGUGGUGAUCGGGGCAGGGCACAACGGGCUGGUGGCAGCUGCCUACCUGCAGCGGGCAGGGCUGCGCACAGCCGUGUUGGAGAAACGCCACGUGCUGGGCGGCGCGGCUGUCACCGAGGAGAUCGUGCCAGGCUUUAAGUUUUCCCGGGCUUCCUACCUACUCAGCCUGCUGCGCCCGCAGAUCUAUGCAGAGCUGGAGCUGCAGCGGCAUGGCCUGAGGGUGCUGCCGCGGGACCCGUACUCCUUCACCCCGCUGCUGGAGGACAGGAACCCACCCCGUUCCCUGCUGAUGGGGCAUGACAUGGCCCAGACCCAGCAGCAGAUCGCCCAGUUUUCCCAGAAGGAUGCUCAGGCUUACCCUAAGUAUGAGGUGUUUAUGGGGUGCUUGGUGUCUGCCAUCAGCCCGCUGCUGGAUGUCCCCCCUGCAGAUACAACUGCCCUAGGGCAGGGCUCCCUGCUGCAGAGGCUCCAUGCCCUGUGGCCCCUGCUGCAGACAGGGCUGGCACUGGGGCGGCACCUGCCCCACUUUUACGAGGUACUGACAGCCCCGAUCUCCAAGAUCCUGGAUCAUUGGUUUGAGUCAGAACCUUUGAAGGCCACUCUGGCAACAGAUGCAGUGAUUGGGGCCAUGAGCAGCCCCCACACCCCUGGCAGCGGGUAUGUGCUGCUGCACCACGUCAUGGGUGAGUUGGAGGGGCAGCGUGGUGCCUGGGGCUACGUGGCUGGGGGCAUGGGGGCCCUGUCCCAAGCCAUCGCCUCCGCAGCAGCCACCCAUGGUGCUCACAUCUUUACAGAGCAGGCGGUGUGCCGUGUGCUGCUGGGAACUGAUGGGCAGGCACGGGGCGUCGUGAUGCAGGACGGGACGGAGGUGAGGAGUAAAGUGGUGUUGUCCAACGCCUCCCCCCAGCUCACCUUCCUGGAGCUCACCCCGCAGGAGCAGCUGCCAGAGGACUUUGUGCAGCGGAUCCAGCAGCUUGACACACGUUCCCCUGUCACCAAAAUCAAUGUGGCGGUAGACCGGCUCCCUAGCUUCCUGGCUGCCCCCAACACCCAUGACAACCAACCUCUGCCCCACCACUGCUGCUCCAUCCACCUCAACUGCGAGGGCACACACCUCCUGCACCAGGCUUACACCGAGGCUGCCCAAGGGCACCCCUCCAGCAGGCCCAUGAUUGAGCUGUGCAUUCCUUCAGUGCUGGACCCAGGGCUGGCCCCUCCAGGCUGCCACGUUGUGUCCCUCUUCACCCAGUACACCCCAUAUGAGCUGGCAGAUGGGCAGCCCUGGGAUGAGAAGGCUCGGAAUGCUUAUGCAGACACAGUGUUCGACUGCAUUGAAGCCUAUGCCCCAGGCUUCAAGGCAUCUGUCAUCGGCAGGGACAUCCUGACACCACCUGACCUGGAGAGGAUCUUCGGGCUGCCUGGAGGGAACAUCUUUCACGGAGGGAUGUCUCUGGACCAGCUCUACUUCACCCGGCCAGCACCAUCCUACUCAGCCUACCAGUCCCCAGUCCCAGGCUUAUACCUGUGUGGGAGUGGAGCCCACCCUGGAGGAGGUGUGAUGGGCGCAGCAGGACGCAAUGCAGCCCAGGUGGUCCUCAGGCACUUCAGGCGCCUGCGGUGGCAGCGGUGGAACUGACUUCACCUGCACAGGCAUGUGGCUGCAGUUGUUUCCAGUGGCCCCUCCUUCCCAUCCAUGCUGCAAGCCAAGCAUACAAGGUAGCAUCCCCUGUGAACAGGGCAGUACAAGCUGGUGCGGAGUCCCAAGAGGUGUCAUCCUGUGACAUCCACAGAAAUAAA